AUGGGAUCAAUCCCCACCGAACCCAAAGAGAUUGACAUCUCUGUCGCCCUCAAAGCCUGCGAUCUCCCUGGUGUCAAUCAACACGUGAAGAGAAUUGCUGUUCUGAACGAUAAUAUCACACUUGGAGACGAUGCCGCCAGACUCAGCAUGCUGGCAAGUGCCCGGUCACUGGUCCACGCUCUUGAGACACCACGAGAAACUAUGAUCAAGCAUUGCUGGGCACAACCAGCUGCUUUUGCGGCUUUGACAUACGCCGUCGACUCUGGUCUUUUCACAUCAAUGGCCCAGCAUGACGGGCCGCAUAAGGUGACGGACCUUGCUGCGACAUUAGGUCAUGACCCUGCGCUUCUUGGGAGAAUUAUGCGACAUCUUGGGGCCAUGCAGUAUAUCGUCGAAACUGGUCCGGACGAAUACAAAGCAACGAACUUCUCUAGAGCCCUCACAAUCACCAUUAUGGGGGCAGGAUAUCCAUGCGUUGCUGGUGCUUGCAUGGAGGCUCUUGCAAAGUUUCACGAGUUCGCCAAGAAGACCAACUAUCGGGAGCCUCACGACGUCUUCAACAGCCCUUUGCAGUACGGAUACAAGACCAAGCUGGACUGUUUCAGCCACUUCGCUGCCAACUCGCCGUACGACAUGCAGUUCGCACAGCAUAUGGGGGCAUAUCGUCAGGGGAGGCCAAGCUGGAUGGAUGACGGGUUCUAUCCUGUCCAGGAGCGUCUACUAGAUGGAUUUGACAGCUCCAAAAAUGAAGUGCUUCUGGUAGAUGUCGGCGGAAGCUUUGGUCAUGACAUCGAUGAGUUUCGACGAAAACAUCCCAAGGCGCCUGGUAGACUUGUGGUGCAGGACCUUCCCAGUGUUAUCGACCAGAUCGACAAGUUGGAUGGGGAGAUUGAGCGUAUGGGUCACGACUUCUUCAACGAGCAGCCAAUCAAAGGUGCACGAGCUUACUACAUGCAUUCGGUUCUUCACGACUGGCCCGACGCCAAGUGCGAGGAGAUUCUUGCCCGCACGACAGCAGCGAUGAGGCCAGGAUACAGCAAGUUACUCGUGAACGAAAACUGCAUUCCGGACACUGGAGCUGAUUGGCAAAACACGGGGCAAGAUAUCAUGAUGUUGACCUUGGUCAGCAGCAAGGAACGAACCAGGGCUGAGUGGAAGGUGUUGCUGGAGAGGUCGGGGCUCCGAAUCGUUCAGAUCUUUGAUGUGGGCAACGGUGUUGAGAGUCUCAUAGAGUACGCCAACAUCAACUACAAUAACAGCAUCAAGAAGUGCGAUGCUAGCAAGGGUGGCAGUGUCAAAGUUGAUAACAACAAGGGAGAUCACGAAGAGGGCAGCAAGAACAAGGACAACAGGGAUAAGAAAGACAGAGAUGAGAACAACAAGAAAGAUAAAACGGAACACGAGGAAAACAAUAAAGACAAGACAAACAAGAACAAGUGCAGCGCCAACACGGACCAUAAGCGCCAGCUUCUUGAUAACAAGGACGACAACAAGGACGAUAAUAAGAAGAACAACGACGACGAUGGCAAGACCGAAGACAACAACAAGUGUAACAAUAAGGAUUUCAACAAGGAUUAUAACACCGACGACAGCAAGGAUAAUAAUGAUAACGGCGAUAGAAAAGGCGAAGUCAACGACUACGGAAGGAGAAAGCUUCUUUUGAUUCUUAUGAUGGGGCAGCAAUAA